AUGAGGGCUACAACUCUCUGUGGCUCUGACCUUCACUAUUUCACUUACUAUCGGAACGGUGACUUCUGCAUCAAAGAGCCCUUGAGCCCUGGACACGAAUGUGCGGGUCUCGUCGUCGCUGUUGGAUCCAAAGCCGAGCAGCAAUAUGGUGUAAUGGUUGGUGAUAAAGUCGCUGUCGAAGUAGGUGUACCUUGUGAUGAUUGUGAGCAAUGCUUGGAUGGAAACUACAAUGUGUGCGAGAAGCUGCGCUUUCGGAGCAGUGCUACUUGUUUCCCUCACUACCAGGGCACCCUGCAGCAACGCUUCAAUCAUCCGGCCAAAUGGGUACACAAACUGCCUGAAGGCAUAUCUUAUGCUGAAGGUGCCCUUCUUGAACCUCUUUCCGUUGCGAUACAUGCUGUACGAAAAGCGAACGCAAAGCAGGGUGCAAGCUGUCUCAUUGUCGGAGCUGGGGCUGUGGGGCUUCUAUGUGCUGCUGUUGCAAAGAGCUCGGGUUACAGCAACAUUGUGAUGGCGGAUAUCAUACAAAACAGACUUGAUUUCGCGUUGAGCAAUGGAUUUGCAGACAAAGUUGUCAAGCUCCCGAGUAGACGGGCGAAAGACACCGAGCAAGGCCUGGCCUUCGCCAAGGAAGACGCCAUGAACUUACGAAAGGAAAACGACGGCAAGACUUUCUCAAGAGUGUUCGAGUGUACUGGCAUCGAAGGAUGUGUCAGGACAUCUAUCUACGCAACACGUAACGGUGGCAAAGUACUCCUUAUUGGGAUGGGCACGCCAAUUCAAACCCUGCCAGUCUCCGCUGCAGCUUUACGAGAAGUUGAUUUAGUCGGAGUCUGGCGAUAUGCCAACUGUUAUCCCCACGGGAUUGAGUUGAUGCAACGCGCUGGUAAGGGAGGCGUCCCUGAUGUCAGGAAACUUAUCACACAUCGUUUCCGAGGGUUGGAUCAGAGCCUGGAAGCUUUUGACAUGGCCGCAAAGACUUGUGAUCAUAAUGGAAAUUUGGUUAUCAAGGUAGUUGUAGAGAAUGAGUAA